CAGCGCGGUGAUUCACUCCCUCCUUCGCCCCGGGGGCCCCCUUCCCGGCCAGACGGCGGGCAAGACGGCUGGGUGUGCAGCGUCCUCGAACCCGCGAGCCAGCGAGCCAGCGAGCCAGCAGAUCCUCUGUACCCGCAGGAACUCCAACCCACGCCAUGGCGGAUUCCGAGCGUCUCUCGGCCCCCGGCUGCUGGGCCGCCUGCACCAGCUACUCGCGCACCCGCAAGGGAAUCCUCCUGUUCGCCGAGAUUGUAUUGUGCCUGGUGAUUCUGAUUUGCUUCAGUGCCUCCACAUCAGCGUACUCCUCUCUGUCUGUGAUUGAGAUGAUCCUUGCUGCUGUCUUCUUUGUCAUCUACAUGUGUGGCCUGCACGCCAAGAUACCAUUCAUCAACUGGCCCUGGAGUGAUUUCUUCCGAACUCUCAUAGCAUCGAUCCUCUACCUGAUCACCUCCAUUUUAGUCCUUGUUGACAACAGAAGCCAAUCCAGAAUUGCUGCAGGGGUACUGGGACUGAUAGCUGUGUGCCUCUUUGGCUAUGAUGCCUACUUUACCUUCCCUCUUCGGCAACAAAGACAUACAGCAGCCCCCACUGACCCCACAGAUGGCCCGGUGUAGAACUCCCCUCAUUUCUCUCUGCAGUUUGAAAAUAACUUCUUUUGGAAAACACUUCUUCCCACUCCCACAACAAUCCUCCCAGCCAACCAACUUCUAGCCCCCUGUUGAGGUAACAGUGCCUUUUCUGGGAGAAUUUUGUCUUCCAGACUGCUACUCAAUCAUCCUGGGUAUGGUCACCUUUAUGGGUAUGCCUAGGUCCCCCUCCCUUCUUCAGUAUUCAGUUCUGCCUGGACCACACUCCCACCUAAACCACAAAGUGAGGGAAGUGGGUGCCUAGGAUUUCAGAGUGUACACUCCACCCUGGUGACCCACUCCAAAUAACCUCCUCAUUUUGGGGGAUGGUUCUGUGGAGAGAGAAAUAAAUAAUAAACAUUGUUAAAGUCUA